AGAAUUCCUCUAUUUUCCACCUAAACAAUAUUAAAAAAAAAACUCUACAACUCACAAAAGAGGCCAAUUGUCUCAGUCCACACGCCUCUCCCCGGACGAACGUAGCGAGAGGAGCACAGCCGCUGCGUUGAGGUUGAGCCGCCGCACGCCCCCACCUCCGGCAGCCUUCCAUUCCCUCUCUCCCUUUCUCUCCUCUCUCUUCUAAAGCUUGGGCUUGGGCGCUGCUCAUGGCUGUUUCGAGUGGUUUUGCCACAGCAUCCUUCGCGGUCGCGGGUUCCAAGCCGGAGGCUGUCCUCCUCCUCUGCAGCUCUUCUCUGUCUUCGAGAGCUCUUCCGUCUCAAAUCCGUGUAUUGUGCAAGCCUACUCGAAGCAAACGGCCCCUGGUUCGGGUCCAGAGUGGGGCAUCUUUGAACCCUAGGUGUGAAGUUGCGUCCGACGUUUUGGUUCAGAAUGGCACGGUGGAUCCGAAAAGGACCUCCAGCGUUUCUGCUCUGGAGCAGCUCAAGACAUCCGCUGCUGACAGAUAUACUAAGGAAAGGAGCAGCAUUGUGGUUAUCGGGCUAAGUGUUCACACUACACCUGUUGAAAUGCGGGAGAAACUUGCCAUUCCCGAAGCUGAAUGUCCCAGGGCCAUUGGGGAGCUGUGUAAUUUGAAUCAUAUUGAAGAAGCUGCUGUUCUUAGUACGUGCAACAGGAUGGAGAUAUAUGUUGUAGCUCUAUCCCAGCACCGCGGUGUCAAAGAAGUGACUGAGUGGAUGUCAAAGACAAGUGGGAUUCCUGUUUCGGAGCUUUGUCAGCAUCGGUUUUUGCUGUACAAUAAGGAUGCUACACAGCAUCUAUUUGAAGUGUCGGCAGGACUGGAUUCACUCGUCCUAGGUGAAGGUCAAAUUCUUGCUCAGGUCAAACAAGUUGUCAAAACUGGGCAAGGUGUUGUUGGCUUUGGAAGGAAUAUCAGUGGGCUAUUCAAGCAUGCCAUCACUGUGGGAAAGCGAGUUAGAACUGAGACGAACAUUGCAGCUGGUGCCGUUUCUGUGAGCUCAGCGGCUGUGGAACUGGCCCUAAUGAAGCUUCCUGAAUCCUCGCAUGCAACCACCAGAAUGUUGGUGAUUGGAGCAGGCAAGAUGGGAAAGCUUGUGAUCAAACAUUUGGUAGCAAAGGGGUGCACUAAGAUGGUGGUGGUGAAUAGAACUGAGGAGAGAGUUGCAGCCAUUCGUGAGGAGUUGAACGAGGUUGAGAUAAUUUACAAACCCUUUACAGAAAUGCUUGCUUGUGCUGGCGAAGCUGAUGUGAUUUUUACCAGCACAGCAUCAGAAACCCCAUUAUUCUUGAAAGAGGAUGUUGAGGUUCUGCCCCCUGUUGUAUCAGGAAUUGGGGGCUUGAGACUUUUUGUUGAUAUUUCUGUCCCUAGGAAUGUGGGUUCUUGUGUGGCUGAUGUUGAGACUGCACGUGUUUAUAAUGUUGAUGAUCUUAAAGAAGUAGUGGCUGCUAAUAAAGAGGAUCGGCUGCGGAAAGCAAUGGAAGCUCAGGCAAUCAUUGCUGAAGAGUCAAAACAAUUUGAAGCAUGGAGGGAUUCACUGGAGACAGUUCCCACCAUCAAGAAAUUGAGGGCUUAUGCUGAAAGAAUCAGAGCUGCAGAGCUAGAGAAAUGCUUAUCAAAGAUGGGUGACGACAUAUCAAAGAAAACAAGGAGAGCUGUGGAUGAUCUCAGUCGGGGUAUAGUGAACAAACUGCUUCAUGGACCAAUGCAGCACCUGAGGUGUGAUGGAAGUGACAGCCGGACUCUGAGUGAGACCCUUGAGAAUAUGCAUGCUCUUAACAGAAUGUUCAACCUUGAAACUGAGAUAUCUGUUUUGGAACAGAAAAUUCGAGCCAAGGUCGAACAAAACCAGAAAUAAUCUUCCAUUUCGGUUUACCUUCAUGACCCUUCUCUCAAUUGCACAAAUUUAAAUAAGGGAAAAUUUCCAGGCAUUGUUAUGAUCCUCAAUUGAAUGGAUAAACAUUUCUUGAUCCUGUUGAUGAGCUGUCCAAUUCAUUUGUCGGGGUUUGGACACCCCUUGUAAGUUCCGUUUGGACUUUGAUUGCUCCUGCGGCAUCGUUGUUGGUGCCCAUUUAGGCUUGUAGAAUACAGAGCUGAGAUAUAAUGAGGCGAGCUUGAUCCAUGUACCGAGUGAUUUGUUUGUAGGGUCAUAAUAUGUAUCUGAAUUUUCAUCAAUGUUUGUAAUUAAUGUACCGACUGUUUUUCUUCA